GCUUGCAGUCAGAGAGUCGGAGACUCCCUUCUCGGAGUCGUUCGAAGAGAGUGUUUGGCGGAUAGCCCAGGUGGGUCUGAGCAAGGGAAGGGAAGGGAGGGACAAUGGCGGCCGCAUUGGGCUCGCUGGCAGAGUGCUUACAGGCUUCUUCAUCUUUGGCUUACCGCCAGAGCUCCUCUCAGUUUUGCUCCACGUCAUGGUGCCCCACCGCGACCUUCCUUGGAACCCCAUCCAUAGGCAGUGAGAGGAAUCAUGCUUUGUUGAGCCCUGUCUGUGCAGCCAAGGGCCCUACAGAGGUUGUGGAUGAUAGGAGACGCCAGUUGUUUACGUCACACCCUCGAAGAUUAACACGUCGCUUGAGCUUGUUUGCAAAUGGGCCCGCCCGAAGGCCGACGGCGGUGCGUGCAAAAGGGCGACCGAAGCGGGAAGAGGAGGAGCCGCUUGAGGAUGAAACGGACGAGCCGCUAGAUAUGGAGGUGGUCGAUGUCGGCGAGGACCCGUUCAGCGAACGCGACCUCGACUUUGAGGAGGCGCCCGUGAAAGCCGCGAAAAAGAGCAUGGAAGAAAAGAUGGCUUACCAGGCCAAGGACGACAUGAAGAAGCGCACCGAGAUGAAGGAGUUCACGGACCGCUCAGGGAAGAAAGUGUUCCUCGAAGUUGCAAUCCAGGACAGAACGCCCGAGGAGCUCGACGCGAUCGCGUGGCAGGACCGCAACGAGUUCGACGCGGAGGUCGAGAACCCGCACAACUGGGACUCGCAGUCCAUGGACCCGUUCAAGUUCAGGGCCAAGCUGCCGGAGGCCGUCCACGACAACGACGAGUUCGUCUUCGAACGGUACCCCGACGUCGACGACAGCGAUGACGAAACGUCCAACUCGAUUUUGCGGGACGACAGCGCGAACCCGCACGAGGAGUGGUUUGCGGACGACUGGGCGGGGCCGCUCACGGUCACGGAGCUGGAGCACACGCGCUUCAUGAUGCCGUCCGCAUGGGAGGGCAGGCUCGAAGAUGGGCGGGAGAUCUACGUCAAGCACAGGUACGGAGUCCUGAACGUGAUGGUAAUGCAUCAAAAGGGCUGGCGCCGGAAGUGGAACACGGCCUACUACCUGCUCCACAGUCACCACCUCAACAGCCAGUGCACCACGCGGCGCAUGCGCGAGCUCCUCGAGGGCCGCAUUCUAAACUUCGCGUGCGAAAUCAAGUUUGCGGACCGCUUCAAUAACGUGUAUGAUGUGUACGAGGGGUAUGACGUGGAGCGGCGCAUGCUGGAUGGCAGCCAGGGGAAGAGCCAUCCCAACUGGGAGUACCGGACGGACUUCCCGCAGCAAGAUAAGGUGGAGUUCCUGGAAACAGCCAAGGAGCAGUACUUCGACAAGCAGGGCCAGCAGAAGCACAAGCUGUGACCGGGCGCUUGUCAGUGUCGUAAUUACAAGAAUACGGUAUAAUUGUCGGAAGCAUUUGCCAGCCAAGAAUCUCUGCCAAGAAUCUCUUGACACGGCCUUUCGUCAUGACUCAUGAAGCAGCUGCAUGUCAGAAUUGCGUAUGCCAGG